GGAAGCUCUCUAAAAUUGAUGCAAAUCUGAACGACGUCUGCUGUGUUGAUAACAAAACAUCACACAACCCACAACGCAUAGAGAAAUCGUAAAUCAAACAGCUGAUUAGUAAUAAAAGGAAAAGGGAGUUUUAGUAAAUUCAUUUACCACCCAGUUUAAAAAAUGUCGCGAUUUAGUGGUGCAUUACAGUUGACCGAUUUAGACGACUUCAUAACACCGUCUCAGGAAUGUAUAAAACCCGUAAAAAUAGAAACUACCAAAUCCAAAACUGGAUCGAAGAUAACCAUUCAGGAUGAUGGAUCCUAUAUGCAAGCGACUUCGAGUGGCCUCCAAAAGCUUGAAAAAGUAGAAAUCACCCUGGCCGAUUGUCUGGCCUGUUCCGGCUGCAUAACGUCAGCCGAAGGGGUUUUGAUAUCACAACAGAGCCAGGAAGAAUUGCUCAAGGUUAUGAAUGCCAACAAUCUAGCAAAACUAAAUCAUCAGCUAGAUGAGGUGCGCUACGUUGUUUUCACCGUGGCUCAGCAGCCAAUUUUGUCCCUGGCCAAACGGUACAAUUUACCCCCUGAAGAGACUUUCGAACGAGUUGCUGGAUACUUUAAAAAGCUUGGCGGCGAUUUAGUACUGGACACCAAAAUUGCUGACGAUUUGGCUCUUAUCGAAAGCCGUAACGAGUUCAUCGAACGGUUCAGAACCAAUCGUCAGGCUCUGCCCAUGUUGGCCUCGUCCUGUCCCGGAUGGGUUUGCUAUGCUGAGAAAACACAUGGCAACUUUAUUUUACCGUACAUUUCGACCACGAGAUCUCCACAACAAAUGAUGGGAAUGUUGGUGAAACGUUAUCUGGCUAAAAUGCAGGGAAUCAGUGGAAAUCAGAUAUAUCAUGUUACUGUAAUGCCGUGUUACGAUAAAAAGCUAGAAGCCUCCCGAGAAGAUUUCUUCUCGGAAGUUGAAAAUUGUCGCGAUGUUGAUUGUGUUAUAACAUCCAUUGAAAUCGAACAAAUGCUGGAGGCCUCCGGAUUUUCGAGACUCGAAGCUGUUGAACGUUGUUCAAUCGGUUGGCCCUGGACGGCACAACGUAUGCCAUGCUCAGUUUGGUCCCAUGAAACCUCUGGCUCAGGUGGUUACAGUGAACACAUUUUCAAAUACGCAGUUCGGAAACUUUUUAAUGUUGAAAUCGAUCAAGUAGAGUUUAAAAACCUUAGAAACAAUGAUCUUCGAGAAGUGAUUUUCGAGCAAAACGGGGAGGUUUUGCUGAGAUUUGCUAUAGCCAAUGGGUUCAGAAACAUUCAGAAUAUUGUACAGAAGAUGAAACGGGGGAAAUGUAACUACCACUACAUUGAAAUAAUGGCUUGUCCUUCUGGAUGUUUGAACGGAGGUGCCCAGAUACGACCGGGUGAUGGUCAAACUCAGAGAGAUUUAACUGCCGAUUUGGAACUUAUGUAUCGUUCACUUCCCCGUUCCAAUCCAGAAAAUGAAGCAGUGGAAAUGGUUUACACAACUUUUUUGGACAAUUCUGGAGAUGAUAAUAAACGCAAGGAACUUCUUCAUACCAGCUACCAUCAGAUAGAAAAAAUGAAUACCGCUUUGAAUAUAAAAUGGUGAUAUGGAUGUUCAGUAAAAAGCACAAAUAAAUUUUAUUAAAAGGUGAAAGGAAGAAGUUAGAGAAGUUUGGUUUCUGUUGAAAAAUGAAAACUUUUCGUUUUGUACAUAAAUAGUUUGACGGUAACAAUAAACCACAUUUGCAUGAAUUGAGAAAAAAGAUGACUACAAAAAAUAUUAUUUUUACAUGAUUUUUAUAAAAGUUAAUUUUUUUCUUUAAAAUAAGGUACUGUACACAACAUAACAAAUAAAAUA